AUGAAGCUUUCUGCUUUUCUAUCUGUUAUCCAAGCUACAAAAGCUGAUGAUUCCUGCCCAGAUCAAGAACUAGGGGACCUCUGUGACGCGAAUUGCCGCGAUACCCUUACCUCCUGCCUUGCAGCUUGCUCCAACGCUUCUUGUCAAGAACAGUGCUACAAUUCUUACAGUACUUGUUCCUUCCGAUGUCCCUGUAACAUCUUCUGCCCAGACGGGUGUAAAGAUUGCGACAACGAAAUCUGCCCCGAAGACGGCUGCCCGGAUCAGGAUUUGGCCGACAUUUGCGAGAAUACAUGCUCAGAGGAGCUAGGAACCUGUUUGGGAGAAUGCUCAGAUGCUAGCUGUCAGGAAAACUGCUACAUUUCGUACAGCACUUGCUCAUUCCGAUGCCCCUGUAACAUCUUUUGCCCAGAUGGAUGUGAGGGAUGUGAAAAUGAAAUUUGCGAUGAUGGAACUUGCCCAGAUGAAGAGCUGAAGGAAAUCUGCGAGUUAGACUGCUACGAUGUUCUUCAAACAUGCCUUGAAGGUUGUUCAAGCGCAGAAUGCCAUGAAACUUGCUACAAUGAUUUUGUCAAUUGUGAUCUACACUGUCCUUGCAAUAUUUUCUGUCCUAACGGGUGUGAGGGUUGCGAUGAAGCGCUCAUUUGUGGCGGCGAUGGAGGCAAUGGCCCGAGAAGAAUCGUUCAUCUUGGCGAUGCUGGAGGAAACGACUUAGUUGGUGCGGCUUUCUUCAAUACUGACGAGUUUGGCGAAAUUUACGAAAAGCUCAAGCUCCAGAUUCCAGCUUCUGGGCAAUCUAAUACGGCCCUCAGAAACGCAGGCUUCGCUGUUUACAAAGACGAAGUCUUCACCUUUGGAGGUCAAGUUCGAGAGGACCUGAGGACAAGGAUUAUGAAACUCAAUGGCUGCACAUUUACAGCUCUCUCCAAUCAAUUGGUGAAGCCCUACAAUUCUUAUUAUGGAUCUAUUGCAAUCUGGGAUGGUGGAAGCUGGGAGCCGGAAGGCGUCUACCUUUGCUUCGGCAGCUGGGACUAUCGAAAAUAUUGUGAGCGGUUCAACGGAACUUCUUCUACUCGAAUCGCAACCGCAAAAGAUUACCAUCAACAUGGAGCAAUGUGCGUUUAUGAGAACCAGCUACUCGCCAUCGGUGGAAUCACAGCUACUGAAAAAAGUGUCGAGAUCUUUAAUUGGGAGUGGAACAAGACCACAGAUCUUCCUGUCGCGGCGAAUUAUUCGCCAUGCGUGAGUGUCGAUGAAGGAGUGUUGCUGUUCACCCAAGCAUCUUCAGGAAGCACAUCGAGAGUCUGGCUCUUUAGCGAACUAAAAUGGUCACAAGUUGGAAAUUUUGUAAAGGGCGCGUAUGGUUUUACCGCCGCGAAACUGGAUAACAACACCAUCAUGAUGUUCCCCGGGCAAUAUGGAAAGUCUGCGUACCGGACGAUUUGGGACGGCGAGAAAAUUGACCUUCAGAAGACUCAGCAAAUACUGACCAAUGGAGAACUAAGACACGAUAAUGUCAUGCAUCCAAUCGUUUUUGAAGGAGCUCUUGAUUGUUUAGAAACAACUUUUUAG